CAAGGGAACCUAAAAUAAGUCAUGGGGAGAGCUCAGUGGAUUUAAUAUAAAUAACAAAAAUUGUAAUGGAGAAAAUAUUGGGACUUAAGCUUUCAAUAGCUUAAUCUCCAGGACCUGAUGGUUUCUACACCAGGCUUUAACAUAGUAUGGAGGUUUUAGUGGACAUAUGACUGGCAUGGCAGGGCCUGGUGGGCCGAUGCAUGCUGCUCCAGGCGCAUAUCAGACUUACUCUGCAUACUCUGGCUAUCCUGCUGCUUCAGUUGACCCAAUGUGGAGUUACUUCACUGCAAUCGCUGGACAAGACGGUGAGGUGGAUGCUGAAGAAUUGCAGCGAUGCUUAACUCAGUCGGGGAUACACGGCACCUACAAACCUUUUAGUUUGGAGACCUGCAGAAUCAUGAUAGCCAUGUUGGAUAGAGAUAUGACUGGGAAAAUGGGAUUUAAUGAAUUUAAAGAACUAUGGGCAGCACUUAAUGGAUGGAAACAGAACUUCAUGAUGUAUGAUCAGGACAGAAGUGGGACUGUAGAACCUCUUGAACUCGGCCAGGCUAUCACAUCAAUGGGAUACAGAUUGAGUGCUCAAGUUAUAAAUGGCAUCAUUAAGCGCUACUGCAGAGAUGGGAAGACUUACUUUGAUGACUAUGUUGCCUGCUGCGUAAAGUUGCGUGCAAUCACAGAUGCUUUCAGACGAAGGGACAGUCUGCAACAAGGCUAUGUGAACUUCACUUACGAUGAUUUUAUCCAGUGCACCAUGUCCAUUUGAACACACAAUUGCAUCCAUUAUGCAAAGAUCUGUUGUGGAUUAACACCAGUGAUUUAUAUUGCUGAGAAGAUAAACUAAGCCUACUUACACUGCAUAAAUGUCUAGUGGUUUUGUAUAUUUUUUUUCUUUUUUAUUGUGUAAAAUAAAAAAGGAAAUUGGAUUUUAUGAUGUGUACACUUUGUUAUGCUCUCACUUGCCAAAUUACAUAUUUCUUUAAUAGCUUGCAAAAUAUUACUUUACACGUUGGUGGUUUUGUGAUUGUGCCUCUUGGAAAUUUUGCAUAGUUUAAUUACAAACGUUUAGGUUUUGGGCCUAUUGUAAUGUAUGAUGUAAUCAAGCUAAUGUGAAUAAUUUUCUUUUGUGAACCAAACGUUACUUUGCAUUUAACUAGUAUUUCCAUUUGCGAUUUUUAAAAAAGUUAUAUAUUUUUCACAUUUUCAUACUGUUUUAUCAUGUAAUAAAAGACUUUACUUUCUUGUUAAUGCUGGAUUCCCAGUUGGCAAUGCAAUACAAUAAAAAAUAGUGGCAAAGGUUUUUA